GAGACUAAGAAUGCUGUGAGCGCCAUCCACCCCGCACCUGCAAACACAUACUCACCCCACUCCUCCACCUCGGACACCUUCCAUUCCAUCUGCACACGCAACCCCUGGUCUGGCCGGAUGAGUUACCACCCGGUGGACACGAUAGGGAGUCCAUUCAGGAGAAGUAUGGAUAGUAGGACCACCUACGGCCGCUCCACUGGCACCCCCUCAAGCGGGUUCCGUUCUCAGUCCUGGUCCAGGGCAAGCCCAGGCUCCACGAUGACCUCCUCCUACAAGAGGAGCGUCAAUAUGCCGGUAGCCAGAGCGUACAGCUCCACACUCCUCAGCUCCGCCGACAGCGUUGAUUUCAAUCAAACGAACGGAGACUACAGGCGCUCCAACGAGAAAGAGCAGCUCCAGGGGCUCAACGACCGCUUCUCCGGUUACAUCGACAAGGUGCACUACCUGGAGCAGCAGAACAGCCAGAUUGAAGAGGAGAUCCAGACGCUGCGGCAGAAGCAGGUGUCGCAAUCCCAGCUAGGCGAUUUAUACGACCAGGAACUCCAGGAGCUGCGCUCCAUGCUGGAGCAGAUUCACCACGAUAAAGCGCAGAUCCAGCUCGACACGGACCACGUCGAGGAUGACAUCCAGAGAAUUAGGGACCGCUUCGAUGAGGAAGCCCGCAUCAGGGAUGAGACGGAAGGCAUCAUCCGGGCGUUGAAAAAAGAUAUGACCGACUCUGAUUUGGUGAAGUCAGAGUUUGAGAAGAAAGUUCAGUCACUGCAUGACGAGAUUGCCUUUAUCCGCAACAACCACGAAGAAGAGGUGAGCGACCUGUUCGCCCAGGUGCAGGCGUCGCAGGUGACCAUGGAGAGGAAAGACAUCCAGAAGACGGACAUCACCGAGGCGCUCCGGGAGAUCCGCACCCAGCUCGAGGGCCACUCCAACCAGAACCUGCAGCAGGUGGAGGAUUGGUUCACGUGCCGCUACUCCAAGCUCACUGAUGCUGCGGCACAAAACAAAGAUGCAAUCAAGUCCGCCCGUGAUGAGAUAGCAGCCUACCGUCGCCAGCUUCAGUCCAAGACCGUGGAGUUAGAAUCCGUCCGUGGAACCAGGGAGUCACUGGAGAGGCAGUUGAAUGACAUCGAGGACCGACACAACAACGACCUGUCCAGCCUGCAGGAGACCAUCCACCAGCUGGAUAAUGAGCUCAAGGGCACGAAGUGGGAGAUGGCGCGUCAUCUGCGUGAGUACCAGGACCUGCUCAAUGUGAAGAUGGCCCUCGACAUUGAGAUUGCUGCAUACAGGAAACUCCUAGAAGGUGAAGAGACCCACUUUAGCACUUUCCCCUACCACCACACCAUCACCUCCUCUAAGAAGUCCAAGUAUGAGCCUCCCAAACUGAAAGUCCAGCAUAAGUUUGUAGAGGAGAUCAUCGAGGAGACCAGGGUAGAGGAUGAGAAGGAUGAGAUGGACCAGGCCCUGGCUGAGGUGGCCCAGGAGUUUUCUGCCACUCUGGAGGCAGAGGCAACAGAUGAAGGAGAGGAUGAGGGAGAAGAGGGAGGAGAAGAAGCAGAGGGAGAAGGGGGAGAGGGUGAAUCAGAAGAGGUUGUAGCCUCCACUGAAGCCGAAGUUAGCUCGAGCACACCUGCUGAGGAGGAAGAGGAGGACAAAGAAGGUGAUGAUGAAGAGGAAGAGGGAGAAAAAGAAGAAGAGGGUGAGAAAGGAGAAGAGGGUGAGGGUGAGAAGGGAGAUGAUACAGAAGGUGGUGAUGAAGGAGAAGGAGAGGGGGAAUUAGAGGAGACAGUUCUGUGCUCUAAAGCCCCAGAAUCAAAGGCCUCUCCUGACAAAGAGAAGGCUGGAGAGAAGGAGGGAAGCGGAGGAGAAGAGGAGACAGGAGAGGGAGAGGGAGAAGAGGAGGGUGAUGAUCAAGAUGAAGAUGCAGGUAGUGACAAAGGAUGCAAAGAUGGAGAUGAUAAGGAUGAGGAAGAUGAGAAGAAAGGAAAGGAUGAGAAAGAAGACAAAAUAGAUGAGAAGGCAGCUGUAGCCAAGACAGAGGCUCCCAAAACAGAAGCCCCCAAGAGUGAGGCCCCAAAAGUUGAGGUCCAGAAAUCUGAGGCCCCAAAGCCCUCCAAGCCAGACUCCCUAAAAGCUGAAUCCCCAAAGGCUGGGUCCCCCAAGUCUGAGUCACCAAAAGCUGGAUCCCCCAAACAUGAAUCUCCUAAAGCUGUAACCCCCAAAUCUGAAUCCCCAAAACCUUCUGGAUCCCCCAAAUCGGAAUCCCCAAAACCUGCUGGUUCCCUCAAAUCUGAAUCCCCAAAACCUUCUGGAUCCCCCAAAUCUGAAUCCCCGAAACCUGCUGGAUCCCCUAAAUCUGAAUCCCCAAAACUUGCUGGAUCCCCUAAAUCUGAAUCCCCAAAGCCUGCUGGAUCCCCCGCUUCUGAAUGCCCAAAACCUGCUGGAUCCCCUAAAUCUGCUGGAUCCCCCAAAUCUGAAUCCCCAAAACCUGCUGGCUCCCCCAAAUCGGAAUCCCCAAAACUUACAGGAUCCCCCAAAUCGGAAUCCCCAAAAACUACAGGAUCCCCCAAAUCUGAAUCCCCCAAAUUAGGAUCCCCCGAGGCAGAGUCCCCUAAGGGUGAGUUCCCCAAACCAGAAGCUCCAACAUCCGAGGCCCCCAAGGCUGCAGAAGAGAAAGUAGACAAAAAUAGUGAUUCAGAGGAAGAGAUGAAGGUAGAAAAGAAAGACGCAGCCAUGAACGGAAAUGUGGACAAGAUUACCCCAGAGGACAAGGACAAGAAGGAUGAGGGUGGGAAAGAGGCAGAGGAGAAGGAUGUUAUCUCAAAUGGAGUGGACGUGAGCCCCACUAAAGAUGACCCGGACCAGAAAGAUGAUCCAAAGGACCAGAAGGUGGUUAUCACCAAAACGGUGGAGACCAUCACCACUGGAGAGGACGGGGCCAAGCAUGUCACCAAAUCGGUCACUGUCACCGAGACUGUGAAGGAGUCUGAGGAUGUGAUGCAGGAGAAGACAGUCUCCAGCAAGAAGAUGGAGAAACACUCUUCCCAGUCCGUCAAGGUGGUGACUGAAACUGAGUAACUGCGCUCCAUCCAACCCACUCAGGAGGAACAAAGAUGACACGACAACAAGCAAUCUACCCAGAACUAACCUAAAGAAAUCAUAGAGCUAGAGCGAUGUACUAAAGAGAACCACUCUCAAACAUACAGAAAAGCAACGAGAGAAGCCAUAUGAUGUGACAAAGCUAACGUUUAAAAAAUGCAUGUUGAGAGAAAGCUUUAAAUGGGUUUUGCUGCAGAUUAUAUCAGGAAAAUGUGUAAGUGGGACAGAUUAUUAAUUGUCUUUAUGUUUCCCUGCAGUUCACGGGAGGGCUCACGGGUGGGGGCUUCUGCAUGCUAGCUCAGGGAGGGAGACCCCUCCGCUCUAACCUGUAUGGAUGGAUGGAAGGUUUACAGUUUAGAUGCAUACUGUAUGUGGGUGGGAGAGUGAUAGAAAUGUAUGUUCAUUCAAAUGUUAAUUCAAAAAGGGGUGCCUGGGUUGGAGGGUCCACUUUAGAGACACAUGUUCAAAAGGAAUAGCCUUUUUAUGUGAAGAUACCAACUGAGCCAAAAAUACAAUCGUCUACAACACAAUAUAGUGAAGAAUGAGAAAGACGAUGGUGCAUUGUACUGAUGAUCAUAAACAUACAGUACCCGAAGCAACUAAAGCAUUAAUAACCUUGAAGAAACUCUGAGCCUUAAACAUGCUUUUUAUCAGUAUCUAUUGUGUUUACCUAAUGAGUGCCAUUGAAAAUAAAUAUGUAAAUGCGCACACAUACAUUCUUGUAUGCAUAGGAUGGACUUGAAUUUAAAUAGCGAACUUAAAUGAGGUGCUACAGUUUGCAAUCCCAUGUCUUUACUCAUCAUUAACUAUUUCCCAGCAGCAUUUGCUCAAUAAAUGUCAUACUGAAAUACAAA